GAGGCUGAUGAUUUUAUCAUCUCAUUUUUUUCCUCUCUCCAGAAUGGGUUCUGGGUGGGUCCCCUGGGCGGUGACUCUGCUGCUGAAUCUGAGAGGGCCGCAUUCCUCCCUGACUCAAGGCACAGACUCUCCAGAAGAUUUUGUGAUUCAGGCAAAGGCUGACUGUUACUUCACCAAUGGGACAGAAAAGGUGCACUUUGUGGUCAGAUUCAUCUAUAACUUGGAGGAGUAUGCACGUUUCGACAGUGACUUGGGGAUGUUUGUGGCCCUGACGGCACUGGGGCAGCCUGACGCCGAGCGGUGGAACCACCGGCCGGAUAUCCUGGAGAGGAGCAGAGCGUCGGUGGAUGCGCUCUGCAGACACAACUACAAGCUGGGCGCACCCUUCACUGUGGGGAGAAAAGUGCAACCAGACGUGACAGUGUACCCAGAGAGGACCCCAUUCCUGCACCAGCACAAUCUGCUGCUCUGCUCUGUGACUGGCUUCUAUCCAGGGGACAUCAAGAUCAGGUGGUUCCGGAAUGGGCAGGAGGAGAAAGCUGGGGUUAUGUCCACUGGCCUUGUCACGAACGGAGACUGGACCUUUCAGACUACGGUGAUGCUGGAAAUGACCCCUGAACUUGGAGAUGUCUAUACCUGCCUUGUUGAUCACCCCAGCCUGCGGAGCCCUGUGUCGGUGGAGUGGAGAGCUCAGUCUGAUUAUCCUUGGAGAAAGAUGCUAAGUGGAGUUGCUGCCUUCCUGCUUGGGCUGAUCUUCUUUCUGGUGGGGAUGCUCAUCCACCUCAGGGCUCAUAAAGGAUAUGUGGAGACGCAGAUGUCUGGUGACGAGGCCUCAAGAGCUGUUCUGCCCCCGCAGCCAUGCUAAGGUACUCACUGAAGCUUCUCCCCCUGGAGCCCGAAGUAAUAGCAAGUGGUCUGGGUCCUCGGCAAGGUAAAGGACGUUCAUGAGGCCAAUGUUCUGGGGACGAGUAUUUUCCGUGAUCCUUGGAGGAGUCCCGAACUGAUUCUAGAGUUCCGUGUUUUGAGAUCAUGCAUCUCCCACCCAUCUGCCGUCUUCCUCCUACUUGUACAUGUCAUUAAUCCCCAUGGCCACUGUCCAGAAACUCCCCUCAAACCUAAUGCCUUCCAGCCUCGAACUAUUUACUUGUGCGUUUCCACAGUCCAGCCGUAACCCUGCAAGUCGCGGGGGUACCAAAUGUUUCUCUCUUCCAACUGCAGUCUCCACAGUCUUCAGAAGAAAAAUGCUCAGUCACCUGUUUCCUUUUCAGUGUUUUUAAGAAACUUUUUAUUGUAAAAUAAAACAGAGACACAGAUAA